ACUUAACCAAUUUGGUUCAUAUUCGAUGUCGCUGUCUAAAUAACAAAUAUUUUGUAUUUUAUUUAAAGAAAAUUUAAGUUUUGUACAAGUCAUGGAGUCUAUUGAUCACAAUGACAGCAAUCGCGAUGAGUUGAUUAUGCAGCAACAGCGCGAAAUUGAAAAAGAAAUCAGUGAAUCAACUCCUUUGGUCAGCGAACUAAUGCCCCUAACUUGUUUGGGUGCCGAAUAUAAUGGUGACGAUGUGUUCACAGCUAAAAUCCAAGAUUUAUCUAAGAAAUAUAAAUUUAUUCGACGCACACGCCCUGACGGCAAUUGCUUCUUUAGAGCAUUUGCCUAUUCGUACUUGGAGUACUUAAUAACAAACAAUAGUGCUUAUCAAGAAUUUCAAAAAUUGGCAGAAAGCUCGAAAAAUAAGCUGGUGGAACUGGGCUUUCCCAGCUUUACAUUAGAAGAUUUCCAUGAAACUUUCAUGGAGGUUAUAAAGCGUGUUUGUCCAGAUAAUCCCGCAGGACCUGAUGAAGUGAAGAAUGAAUUACACAAAAUCUUUAAUGAACAGGGCUACUCUGACUACGUGGUGGUUUAUCUGCGCUUGAUUACCUCCGGCAAACUGCAGGAAGAUGCCGACUUUUAUCAACACUUUAUUGAAGGCGAUUAUUCAAUUGAAGAGUUUCGGCAUCAGGAAGUUGAGCCAAUGUACAAGGAAUCUGACCAUAUACAUAUCAUCGCCUUAUGCACCGCACUUGGCGUGGGAGUGAAAGUUGAGUAUCUAGACAGGGGCGAAGGUGGCACGGUAAAAGCACACGAUUUCCCAGAAGGAUCCGAGUCGAAGGUUUAUCUUAUUUAUAGGCCAGGACAUUAUGAUAUAUUAUACCCAAACUGAAAUCGUCGAGGUGAUACAUUUAUACACAAAAACAUUAUAAUUCACAACACUUUUGUCAAACAUUUAUCAAAUAUAAUUCAACAAAGAAAAUCAAUUUCUUUGGCACCCCCCAAGAAUUAUUGAAUUCGGUAAAAUGUCGAUAAUUCAAACAAAACAGCGCUCUGCCAAUGCUGGAAAUAUUAAAUAAUUUGGAUUGCCGAUAUUUAUCUUAUUAAAUCCACAAGAAGAAAUAUUUAGUAAAACUUUUGGUAUAUGAUCUCUCUUGUGUCAACUUGUCUUGUCAAUGUUCUCGGACUGCCUCGGACACUGCUCAACAAUAAACCUCUUACUAUACAAGUUUCAACAACGAUUAUAUGUAAUUCGCGUAUAUAUAAGUAUUAUGAUCCGAUUAUUGCUUGUAAAUAUACUGAUCGAUCUGAUGUCAAAUAAGUUGUAGACUUAUUAACAUAUAUAUUAGAUCGUAAAA